AUUGGAGUAUUUGGUUGUAUUAAGGUUGUAAAUGUGAUAUACAGUCUGACAGUAGUAACAGUAAUGUUGUAUCUAAUAAUGUAAUGACGUCUUUGGGUGCAGCCAAGAGAACUGGCGGCAUUGUGGUUCAUGUAACUCCACAGUAUGGUUUCAUUGAACUGACAAACAAAAGAAUCCCGGUAUCUAAAGUACACUUUGAUCGCCUCUCUGUCCGUGGUCCAGUUAGUGAUUUGGAAAAAGAUUUUCCUAAAGGAACCCAUGUAAACCUAACUUUCGUUUCUCAAUCGGGCAAUCAUGAGACGAAAUACCAUGCGAUUAAUAUGCAAAAAGAUGAACGUGGAAAGAAAGAUAAUCAAGAAGAAUUAAGAAAUUCUUGGAAAGGUUUUCAGAAGUCUUCAGAGAAAACAGAUACAUCUGAGAACCAAAGUCACCAUCGCCCUAGAUCAAAACAAAGUUUCACACAAGGAGAUAAAUAUCCUCCUAAUAAAUCAGUGCAAGAAUUCAAUUCCCAACAACAUGGAAGAAAUUAUUUUGUAAAUGUGCAAAAUCACCAUCCACCAAGAUCAGAUCAACAUUUCAAACAAGGAGGUAAAUACCCACAUAAUGAACAGAGACAAGAAUUUAAUAACCCUAACAGAGGCGGACAGACUCAACAUCCAGGAGCUAAGGGACAGAAAAACCAAUUUGGAAAACCCCAGUAUAAGAACGAUCAUAACCCCCGCCGUGCCAAGGAUAAAGUAGAUGGACAAAAGUUUGACCCAAGCAAUAGGAAACCAUCGCAACAAAAACGGCACGCGAACAGACAACGCUCAAAGGAGGAGACUGUACCAGUGGGUUCUCACUAUCCUGAUAACGACACGCUAGAAGUUUGUGAUAAUAAAUGUCAAUCAAGUCAAAUUACAGAGUUUAAAACAAAUCAAGCAUCUGGAGUUGGUCAGUUCUUUAGAGAAGCUAUAGCAACUGGAUUGUCAAGCUUGGCUCAAAAAAUAGUCAGUGUUCCCCCAAAUGAAGCAACAUCACCGAACACAAAUAUAAUGCAACAAAACACCUAUUUCUCCAAUACAGGUGGUACUUCAGACCCUGAAAAAGAUAUGCUGUUUUUCAAGAAAUAUGUAUCAGAGAAUGGUGCCAUCAUAUUGGAUGAAUUGAUUUUAAAAAUCAAAAGUGAACAAAAUUGUCCAGCUUCUCUGCUGAAUUGUGAUGUCACUGAUGUGGUGAAUAUCGCAAGACAAUUUCCUGAUAUUUUCACUUUUAAGAGUGGAUUUUUCUGUUUUGUUAGUUUCGAGUCGAUGAUUUUCACGAAAUUUUCAGAAAUGCUCAAUGAUUUCAAUCAAAGAAUCUCUGUUGAUGUUGUUAAACAUCACAUUACUCCAAACAGUGCAAUGGGAGUUUACUUGUAUGGUAAAUUAGAGUGGAUCAUGGGUGUACAAGAUUUUAUCUCCCGUCAUUCGGAGGAUUUCGUAUUUUGGAAUUCCCACAUUUGGAAACGAGCAAGUUUUUCUUCAUUAGAUGAGUUUCAAUCUUUUGAGAGUGACUGUAAGGCUGUGAAAUACUACUCAACGUUUGUUGCAAAGAAAUCUGCUAUUUCUCUUUCUUCUUUGAGUGGACAUUUUGCUCAAGCUCCUGUCGAUAUCAAAAAAGCUGUGAAAUCUGAUCAGGUGAAUUUUAAAAGCUUUUUGUUGAGAAAUUCUUUCUUUUUCAACUUGACAGGUGACUGUGUUACCAAUUGUGGGGAUCAUCAUUUUUCUGUUUCGUGGAUGAAUCUGCCAAAUGCUAUUCCAGAAAAGAAAGAUAUCCGAAAAAAGAAAAAAACAAAAGCUCAGAAAGGAAAAUCAGAAGAAAAUGAUCAGAAUCAGAAGAAAGUAAAUAAUAAUGUUGAAGAAGCAGACACAAGAGCAUUUUGUGGUGGCAGUACUGAGUCUCCUAUUAAAACUUCACAGCCUUGUACUGAAGAUUCAUCACAGUUUGAAGAGCAAGUUGUAUCUGGCCAAAAAACAGAAAAAGAGGAGCAAUCUGAUACUACAACUCUAAGAAAGUCUUCUUAUAGCAGUGCAGGGGUUGAUAUAUAUGAACACACUGAAGGUAAAAUAUUUCAGAACAUAAUUGGAAAAGAAUUGAGUCAAUCAAUCGAGUCUUUGCUUCAAACACAAAAUGUGAAAUCACUCAACAAUUUGAUUCUUGUACGUUUGAACAUUGGUAGAAAACCAUCAAUAAGGGUACAUAAUCAUGAUAGCGAAACAUCUAACCAUAUGUUGUCAGAAUUGAAAGAAUCUCAGCUUGAGGAUUUACAGAAAAUUUUACGACACAAAGAUCUUGUUAAAUCUGCCACUCGUCUUCAUUAUGGAAUCGAAGGAACUUUGCAUUCUUUAAGAACUAUCGAGCAAAAUGGGAAAUUGACCGGCCUAACAAUAUUUUGUCAAAUUCAUGAAGAGAAUGAUGGACUUGGACUAGAAAUAGUUGAACGAAAGUCUGUAACAGCAAUUGUGAGCAAUGUAAGCCGUUACCCACAAAAAUACAUAUAUAACUAUUUGCGAAGCAAAGCGCAUGAGAUUUCUGGGAAUAAAGACACGUUAAUUCUGGAUGUUGAUGGUCAACUUACAGGGUGUGAUGAACAACCACAUUCAUCUCUUGGGAAUGUGACUCGCAUAUCUUGUGCAUCUCCAUCAGAAUUAAGCGUUAGAAUCACUGAAGCGAUUGAUCAUUUGCAUGAAUGUGUUAUUGUCAUUUGUGCUGAAUCAGUAGAAACUUUGCAAUCUCUUCAGAAGAUGUGCAGCAAAGGCGCUCAAGUGUUUGCUGAAAUUUCACCAGAUAUGAAAGCUAAUCUUGAAGAUAUGUUUGGAAUGUAAUUUCUGAAUGCAGUUGUAGUUCUUAGCAUUUGUAAAAAAAAAAAUGCAUAUUUUAAUUUUAAUUGUUUUAAUUACUGCUUGUUAGUUAUUGUCACUAAUUCUAUGCCUCUAUUCCUCACUGGUGACCUAUUGAUAUUUCAAUUUGUAAUUUCUUAGUACAUUAGAUUUGUAGUACAUUAGAUUUUCUUAGGGUUACUGCAGCUGCAGCAUGUUCAUCCAAUGGAAUAUUACCUGAAAGUUCAAUUUGAUUUAAUGUAAAUUGUAAGUUCUCUACUUAGCCCUUGUAAAAAAAGGCAUAAUUGUUGCUUUAGUUGUCACUGUAAUUCUAUGUCUCGUCACUCUCAUGUAUUCUAUUCUUCACUUGUGACCUAUUGAUAUUAGAAUUUGUAAUUUCUUCUGCACCCUCGAAGCUUGGGUAGUAAGUACAUCAGAUGUCCGUAGGGCUACUGACUGACGCAUGUUCAUCCAAUGGAAUGUUACCUGUAAGUUCAAUGUAAAUAAUGAUAAUCAGUAAAUAAAGAUAAUAUGAUUA